AUGGACCUGAACGGUGUGAAGGGCGAGGCGGGGGAAAACGAUCUGCGGCGGCGCCUGGGAGCUGCCCUCAGGUUUCGGGAAAAACGCCACGUUCGAGCUCAGGUGUGUUCUUUACUACAAAUCCCAACCACCUCCGCGGUGGGUGGUUUUUUUUACCGCACUCCACCCCGCGCGCUCUCGGCCAGCGGGAAAGGAGGGCGCCGGAGGGAGGUUCCUCCUCAGCCGAGGAAGCGGCGGCAGGUGGCUGCAGCCUCCGGGGAGCGGUCACCAUCUCCCUCCGCGGCUCCCACGCCCCUCGUCCGCCCUUCCUAUCUCACCAACCUGGCUGCAGCGGGCAUGGCUGAAUCCGCGUUGAGCCGAGCUGCGGUGCUGGACUUCCUUCAGGAACACGGCGGCAAGGUGCGCAGUUCGCUGCUGUUCAACCGCUUCGAGCCGCUGUUGGAUCUGCCCGCUGCGAAGCCGGAGGAACGAGCCGCUCUCCGCCAGCGCUUCACCCACUUGGUCGACAGCGUGGCUGUCGUGCAGGAUUUGGAGGGGGUCAAGUUAGUAGUACUGAAAAAAAAGCAUCAGCUGGCCCCGGGCUCCUCUGAUGCGGAACCGAGACGGAUAGCCUCCGGGGACCUGUCUGGCGAGGAAGAGGAAACAGAAGGCGCAGCAGGGUGGCCCUGA